AUGUUCAAGUCAAUUUUUGAAUUUUAUGAGAAGUAUAUCAAACGUCAUCUGUCCAGGGAAGAGGAUGAAGAUGAAGAGUCUAUAGACAAUGAUAAUCCACAGGUUAAACAGAUGAAGAUUUUGGGUGCUUCGCUACAGAAAACUCAUCUGCCAUUGAACAACAGGCUUCAAGCUGCAUUAUCUAUAGGCAUAUUGAGUUUUACAGGUGGACCUGAGGCAGCAACUUGUGCGCAGGACUACAUUGAAGAUCUUGUCCACUUCCUAAAUCGAACAUUGCUUUCAGAUAAGGACAGGAUCAUAAUCCUGCAAAGCCUGUCUGGAAUUUGCUACAAUAAUGUCACCAACCAAAGGCUUGCAAUAGAUUUGCAAAUCCUGACUACACUCGUUGCUAUCCUGAGCACCAGAAAUGCAACCAAAAUGAAAAUAAAGGUGAAAUACUGGACAUGCUACUUGCUGAAUAUACUGUGUUGCAACAACAUUAGUGUAGCUCGACGCCUCAAUAAAGCCAAGCAUCUUCAUACCAGCCUCAUAUAUUUAUCAGAGCGCAAUUGGUAUGGUUGGCCAAAAAACUAUGCUCAAGUUCUGAUUUACCUGCUAGGGUUUGAAAAGCAAAUCAGAUCUUUGUAA